AGUAUUUUUUCUUCAUUAAAUUGGUCAUUUUUCUGAGUACGUUUCUACUAUAGAUCUACUUCUCAUCUGCUAGUCAAGCGGAACAACUAGUCUUUCAAAAUCAUGCAAAGAGUGAAUUCCAACCAACUUUGCCCCUUCACCAACUUGCACAUCCAUGUCAACUUAUUUAUAUCAAGCCGGUUGGGAUUUCAAGCUUUCUAGCAUUUGUUCUUGCAUUCAUCUCAACCUUGCCUUGUACUGAUCUCUUUUACUAGUUUCAGCCUCGUCCAAUGGAAGAUGAAAGGGCUCUUCUAUCCAUGUUCCUCGUGGUAGCUUGUUUCUUUGUUUCGUGGGUUUUCGUGCACAGAUGGAACCAGAGGAACAAGAAAGGUCCAAAAACGUGGCCAAUCGUUGGAGCAGCCAUUGAGCAGCUGAUGAACUUUGACAGGAUGCACGACUGGCUAGUCAAUUACUUGUCUGAAUCUCGGACUGUCGUGGUUCCAAUGCCAUCCACUACAUACACUUACAUAGCAGACCCUGCAAGUGUUGAGCAUGUUCUCAAAACCAACUUUGCUAACUAUCCAAAGGUAUAAGUAAAACGAACGGCCAAUUUUUCACCUUUCUUCUGCAGUAUUUUCAGGUACUAACAGUUAACAUGCUAUGAAAACAAGGGAGAGACGUACCAUUCAUACAUGGAAGUUCUGCUUGGAGAUGGGAUAUUCAACGUCGAUGGUGAGCUCUGGAGGAAACAAAGGAAAACAGCUAGCUUUGAAUUUGCUUCCAAGAACUUGAGGGAUUUCAGCACAGUUGUCUUCAGAGAGUACAGCCUUAAACUCUCUGCUAUUCUCACUCAAACUUCUUUCCACAACCAAACAGUAGAUAUUCAGGAACUUUUUAUGAGGAUGACUCUGGAUUCAAUAUGCAAAGUCGGGUUUGGAGUGGAGAUAGGAUCUCUUGCACCGAACCUGCCAGAAAAUCAGUUUGCACAGGCUUUCGAUACUGCAAAUAUCAUCGUGACACUUCGGUUCAUCGAUCCUUUGUGGAGGAUCAAGAAGCUGUUCAAUGUAGGCUCAGAAGCUCUACUCGACAAGAGCAUCAAAACAAUCAAUGAUUUCACGUAUUCUGUAAUCCGAAGAAGGAAAACAGAACUAGAAGAAGAAGGUCAAGCACAUUGUAAAGAUAACAAGGUGAUGAAACAAGACAUAUUAUCAAGGUUCAUAGAGCUAGGCAAAGACCCAGAGAGCAAAAUGACAGACAAGGGCCUAAGAGAUGUUGUUCUCAACUUUGUGAUAGCCGGUCGAGACACGACAGCCACAACUCUCUCAUGGGCUGUUUACAUGAUAAUGACACAUGGACAUGUAGCCGAAAAGCUCUACAUGGAGCUCAAAACAUUUGAGAAUGAGAGAGCAAAUGAAGAGAAUGCAACAUUGAUUCAAUGUGCUGAUGUGGAUGACAUUGAAUUAUUUAACAAGCGUGUAAUGCAGUAUGCAGGGCUUUUGAACUAUGAUUCAUUAGGGAAACUGCAUUACCUCCAUGCUGUGAUUACAGAGACACUUAGGCUUUACCCAGCAGUCCCUCAAGACCCAAAAGGCAUCCUAGAGGAUGAUGUGUUACCAGAUGGUACUAAAGUGAAAGCCGGAGGCAUGGUGACUUAUGUACCCUAUUCCAUGGGAAGGAUGGAGUAUAACUGGGGACCUGAUGCAGCUUUGUUCAAGCCAGAGAGAUGGCUGAAAGAUGGGUUGUUCCAGAACUCGUCUCCUUUCAAGUUCACAGCAUUUCAAGCUGGACCAAGAAUCUGCCUUGGUAAAGACUCAGCAUAUCUCCAAAUGAAGAUGGCACUAGCCAUUUUGUGCAGGUUCUUCAAGUUCAAUUUGGUGCCAAAUCACCCAGUUCAAUACCGAAUGAUGACCAUUCUGUCGAUGGCACAUGGCUUGAAGCUGAAAACAGUUAGAUGCCUGUGA